AUGGUGCUUGAAGCGUACACCUAUGUUUUUGCCAUUGGCACCUUCUUCGCCCUGCUCGAAGCGUACAACAACGGUGCCAACGAUGUUGCAAACGCUUGGGCCACUAGCGUGUCAUCACGCUCAGUCACAUACCAGCAGGCUAUGGUGCUGUGUCUUAUUUUCGAAACAACAGGUGCCCUAGCUGUCGGCGCCCGAACUGCUUCCACUAUCAAGAACGGUAUCAUCCCACUCUCAGCCUUCCAGGACAACGCUGGCGUACAGCUCCUGGCCUUUGCUUGCGCCUCAGGUGGUGCUGCCACAUGGGUCAUGUGGUGUACUCGUCACAAUGCCCACGUUUCAUCGACCUACUCCCUGGUCUCAUCUAUUGCUGGUGUCGGUGUUGCCACCGUUGGCGCCAGCGGUGUACAGUGGGGCUGGAAUAAGGGGCAGGGACUUGGUGCCAUCUUCUCGGGUCUCGUGAUGGCUCCUGUCAUCUCGGGCUGCUUUGGUGCCAUCAUCUUCACACUCAUCAAGGUGAUCGUUCACAUGAGGACCAAUCCGGUCCCAUGGGCUGUCUGGACUUCUCCAUUCUUCUUCCUGAUUGCCGGUACUGUCUGCGCCCUGUCCAUCGUCUACAAGGGUUCUCCAAAACUCGGCCUCGACAAGAAGCCCGCGUGGUUCAUCGCCGCUGUCUCACUUGGAACUGGCUUCGGUCUGUGCCUCCUGGCCGCCCUCUUCUUCGUUCCCUUUGUUCAUGCCAAGGUCAUCAAGAGAGAUCGAAGCCUGCGCAUCUGGCACAUCUGGCAAGGACCUCUCCUCUUCAAGCGCGCGGCCCCAGAGAACGCCGACGCCGCCCGCGUCCCCAACUACGCUGUCAUCCAGCACGCCGGUGAUGAUGAGGAGGAUUCGAGCUCCGAGACUGGCGUUACCAAGGUCGACCAAGGACACGAGAAGUUCAAGGACGAGAAGGGCGAUGAUAUCUCCCCAGUCACCACUCCUCCUCCCACCGUGUCUCGCACCCUCGCUGAAGCAGAGGGCGCUUGCCGCGCCCCGAAGGCUGAGCUGAAGCACCAUGCCGAUCUGCGCAAGAAGAGGGGUCCUCUCGGCUGGGCCAUGCGCGUCAUCCACCGCAACCCCUUCGGCGCCGGUUCCAUUUACGAGAAGCACAACCUGAUGGCUCUUCUCCGUCGUCUGCCCGCUUACCCGGUCGUUGCCCUCACAUACGGUCUCUACUACGAUAUCCACAAGGCCCAAGUUGGCGUCCUCGGCACACCUGAAGGUUAUCGCAUGGACAAGGUCUACGCUCACGCUAAGAAGUAUCCCAACGAGGUCGAGUAUCUGUACUCCUUCGUUCAGAUCAUCACUGCUUGCACUGCCUCAUUCGCUCACGGUGCCAAUGAUGUUGGUAACGCUGUCGGUGUGUGGGCUGUCAUGUACGCUGCUUGGUCUACUUCCACCGCUACCGCGGCCAAGGCUCCCGUCCCAACCUGGCAGAUCGCUGUCAUUGUCCUGACCAUCUGUGCCGGUUUCAUCACCUACGGCUACAACAUCAUGAAGGUCAUGGGCAACAAAAUCACCUAUCACUCUCCAUCGCGUGGCUCCUCCAUGGAGAUGGGUGCUGCCAUUACCAUCCUCGUCUUCUCCCAAUACAAGCUCCCCGUGUCCACUUCGAUGUGUAUCACUGGUGCUACCGUUGGUGUCGGUCUCUGCAACGGAACACUCAAGGCUGUCAACUGGCAGCGAGUGGGUCUGUUGUUCUUCUCUUGGGUCAUGACCAUCCCCAUUGCAGGCCUGAUUGGUGGUAUUUCCAUGGGCAUUCUGCUCAAUACUCCUCAUUUCGGUCAGUAG